UUUGACAAUGAGUUCUUUGUAGGAGCUUCAUGUUCCGGUAUGUCCCAGACACUAGACGAAGGCUGCACGAUCAGUGACGACUGCAGCACGAUCACGUGCAAGAUGAAUUUUGUUGAGAAGCCAAUCACAUUCAAACUCAAGGUAUCAAUUGUCAUUUUCAGUAAAUACCCGCCCAGUAAGGUUAAGGUACGGAAAAACGAGCAACAAAAGACGCGCAACUUGUCUUGCAACAUUGCUGUAAAACAAGUUGCACGCUUUUUGUUGCCCGUUUUGCCGUACCUUUAAGGAUGUAACAGGUUUAAGCCUCAUCUUCCGAGGGAGGUUUAUUUCUUUUGUUCUACUGAUUAACACCAGCUGCAGUCGCUGAACAUACCGUGCGUAGACAGCGCCUCUGGAAACUAAGGCAACCGUACAAGUGGUUCAGUUCUUGUCUUCCUUGGGUUCUGAAGCCUGCAUUCCAUCUGUUUUCACUUCAGAGUUACGAUCGGGGCAAGACAAAGCCUGCGCAUUAAAGAGUAUUAUGAUGUUUUUCGGGAUUCGUCAAUUUCGUAUUGUCCAUAACUAUUUAACUUUGUUUGUCUCCGCUCAAAAUUUUGCAUAACUCAGUAUUGUUUCCAAUUUUUACUGGGUAUAAUUAAUUACAUUCUUCCCAAGAGUGAUUCAAAACAAUGCCCAUGUAAAAUUCUAGGGGGCGCGGGCAAACAAAGUAUAAUACAGGCCGGGCAAUUUGAAAAUGGCGAUUGACUUAAGUAAAGUCAAGUAAGUCAAGUUGAAUGUCAAUCGGAUUCAACUCCGCAAUGAUAACCGACAAAACCCGUGGGUUAUUACUAAUAUUGUAAGGCCCACGUGACAUGGGGAAGAGUCUAAUGCUAAUAGUAAGCCAAAACGAUAGAUUUUGCUCAUUAGCAUCAGGUUCGAGUUUUUCUUGGGCCUAGUAAGAUUAUUAAGAAAGAACAGUUAAAAGAACUUAGUUUUAUGAAUGGUAAAUGAAUCAUAAUUGUUGUCAAAGGUAUAUUUGCUGUCUCAGUUGUCAGUGACCUUUUAGGGUUAAUAAGCUGCCAUAUAAAGGAUAAAACUCAUACCCAGUAUAAACAAAUGUACUAUCAUUCACUACUAAGAAAAACUGGCAUUUAAUCAUUACCAACCAGAUUAACAAAUGUGAUGAACCCGUCACUGUAACGGCCUCUAUGAAUGUCCCGGAUUUGCGUGUCACGUGGUCUCACACUUACACCAGUGACGACAUCAUUGAAGUGCCAGGAUUUACUCUAUCUUUACCUUCUAUUUUCUCCGCUGGAGUGUACGUUCAAGUUCAACUCAAAGACAACGGGGACAGACUGCAUCUUAAGGCAAGUACUUCAUGUAAAGCGACUUGUAAUGUAGUGUGACCUCAAUUUUAAAAAGGACAUUAUGUGACGUCAAACACCAAACGGACCAUUGUAAUGGAGGUUAAAGUGCAGGACAUACUUUAAAGGAGUGAAUUCAGCUACUGUAUACAAUUAAAAGCUUUUAAAAUUUUCAUAUUGUUGGUGCGGUGCUUAUUUAGAUGCGGCGCCCUUUUGAGAUUCGAAUACUGUCACGUAUUUCUAUCUCAUUUGGCCAAGUGCUGUCCAUCAAAACAGAGGUAAAAACAGUGCUUCACUGCCUCCAACGGUCAAGAUAGGGAAACCUUAGAAACUCGAUCGAUCGUUUAAACAUGCAGCCAAAGUUGUCAUUUUUUAACAACAGUGAAGAAAGUGAAGGAAUAUAUUUAAGAAUUUCAGCAGGAUUAUAAACUUUGGCCACAAACAAUUUUAUGAUCAAUAGACUGAAAAUAGUCUAGAACAACCCGGCAUUCAAUGCUAAUUCAAGUUCAUUAGCGAGUUUUAAUUUCAUGUGCAACAGAAUUUAAAACUAACUCAGGUGAAAAUUUGAGCGCUUAGUGACACUAACGCAUGCGGCGCCCAACAUCAAUCGUUUAAACAAGAAAAAGCCAGAGUUCUCUGGAGAGGGAGAUUCUGCCAGCAGGAAAAAGAAAAUCAAUAAGUUCGAAAUAUUUCUGUCCUUUAGGUGAAGCUACUGGCCGGUGGAAAAGUGUUGGGCAAAGGUGUUUAUCCUGUGAAAGUUACUGUGAUGGAGGGAGACUUGCCGAUUUCAACUAACGAUUGUGGUGGGUAUGCUGAUCAUGAUUAAAACUAGAAAUGUGUCUAACGCAUUCCAGAACUUGCAUUCGCAAGAAAUAAUUUUUACGCUAACAGAACACAGUAAAUCUGCAUUAAAUUACCGUCAAUUAACUCACCUGUUUGGCAGGCGUUCGAAAGGAAAGAGGAUUUUGGGUGCGUGAGAAGCGCGAGAGGCGCGCGAGGAAGGAGGGAGGGGAACCUCGCGCCCAAAUUCCCUUUUCCCUUACCUUUCGAACGCCAUGCAGCCUUUCAAUUAAUUUUGUUAUGGCACAUGCAUAUAUAAUUGCUGUUCAGUUAUCAGUGGCCGAUUGGCCAGGAAAACUUGAAAUGUUAGAAAAAGUAUUUUCAAGAUUGUUACCGACUGGGUAGUGACCAUAUUACAUUAAAAAUAUAAGCAGUUCUACAGCAGUAACGGAAAAGGAACGAUAUCCGUAAAUUUUAGAGUUAAAAACACAAUGUGGUCUAUUAGUGUCUGCAAGGAGAGAAGAUUUAUACCAGGUCGGCUACCAGGUCUGAAAUAGGACAAUGGCUCACGUAUCGACGCGUAGAUGUAAGGAAGCCUAGCUAUGAAAAAUUUACAGGUAUCAGAGUUCAUCUUAAAAGCAACACACUGUCCUGCAGGCAGUCAGUGCAGGCCCAUUAAAACAGAUCCUUUCCCUAAGCAGGGAACGGAGCUUAAAAAAAACCAGGCCUUUUCCCACGGUAAAACACUUACGACAUUGUCGCAACAAACAUGAAUACAUAAUCAUGUUUCAAUCUCGUCUGCAGGGAUCCCUUUUUGUCAUGCGCUUAUAUCGGGACGUUCUUGGUGCUGACCAAACAGAAAGUGGGAUCUGGGUACGAGAGAUUGAUCAUAUUCACUAUCGCAAAAGAAAAUUAGUGACACUGCGCUUGCGUUGUGGGAGUGUGUCAAACAGAUUAAACAUUUCGAGAACAAAAAAAAAUGUCGUGACAACGUACCCUGUGAGAAACUUGUGACAACCUUCGGAUUUUCAAGUGGUGGUACGACCUGUCGGAUGCUGCAAAGGCAGCAGUGAUUGGUGGACCUUUUUGACGAUGAACAUUACCAUAACAUGUUGUGACAAAGUUUGAACAGUUCAACCUCUUCUCAAUAAGUGGUUACAACGUCUCAGAACACUGUUGAGAGGCGGUGUCAAACCGUCAUAGAAUCUGUUGUCAAAUAUGAUUAUAUAUAAACUAUGAAGCUGAAAGUGGAUACCAUUUCUAUCUGAGGAGUGGCACAUUAUUCCUUAUGUUUCCAGUGUCCUGUCCUUGGAUGAGGGUAGAAAUGGACGGCGAGACUGAUCUGUAAGAAAUGUUGUUUGAGGGCGGGCUUAAUUUGUUUAAACAUGUCUUCAAGUAAAGUUGUAUCUGUGUUCUUUGUUGUAGGGAUGUUCAAGUGGUGGUACGACUUGUCCGAUGCUACAAAGGCAGCAGUGAUUGGUGGACCUUUAUUGGUUAUCUGUAUUCUUGUCAUAUACUGUUGCUGCUGCAGGUCCCGCCCAGCAAAUCAAGGUGCUGUCCUCGUUACACCUGCAGUUGGCCCUACUGCUGUCAUGGCAACAAGCACNCAACGUCUCAGAACACUGUUGAGAGGCGGUGUCAAACCGUCAUAGAAUCUGUUGUCAAAUAUGAUUAUAUAUAAACUAUGAAGCUGAAAGUGGAUACCAUUUCUAUCUGAGGAGUGGCACAUUAUUCCUUAUGUUUCCAGUGUCCUGUCCUUGGAUGAGGGUAGAAAUGGACGGCGAGACUGAUCUGUAAGAAAUGUUGUUUGAGGGCGGGCUUAAUUUGUUUAAACAUGUCUUCAAGUAAAGUUGUAUCUGUGUUCUUUGUUGUAGGGAUGUUCAAGUGGUGGUACGACUUGUCCGAUGCUACAAAGGCAGCAGUGAUUGGUGGACCUUUAUUGGUUAUCUGUAUUCUUGUCAUAUACUGUUGCUGCUGCAGGUCCCGCCCAGCAAAUCAAGGUGCUGUCCUCGUUACACCUGCAGUUGGCCCUACUGCUGUCAUGGCAACAAGCACUAACACCACCGCUCACAUGCGACCGCUUGUUAAUGUUGCUUGA